GUGAGCCAGCUGAGGUCAUGUGACCCUGUGAGCAGUCGGACUAGUUUGAACGGAGCAGAGACCAGGAACACCGGUCCAAGAUGCUGCUGCUACUGUUUUUGUGUAAUUUCCUGUUUGUGGUGGAGGCGGCGCCAGAUGCCGAUGAGGUGAAAUACCUGCCGGGUUUGGCCAAACAGCCGAGCUUCAAACAGUACUCUGGAUACCUGAGCGUGGCGCACGGAAAACACCUGCACUACUGGUUCGUAGAGUCCCAGUCGAAGCCGGCCUCUGACCCCGUGGUCCUGUGGCUCAACGGUGGCCCCGGCUGCAGCUCAUUGGACGGUUUACUCACUGAACAUGGACCCUUCCUGAUUCAAGACGAUGGAGUGACACUGGAGUACAACAAGUAUUCCUGGAACCAGAUUGCUAACGUGCUGUACCUGGAGUCUCCAGCAGGAGUCGGUUUUUCAUACUCUGACGAUGGAAAUUACAAAACCAAUGACACCGAGGUGUCAAUGAAUAAUUACCUGGCGCUGAAGGAGUUCUUCCGUCUAUUUCCUGAAUUCAGCACUAAUGAACUUUUUCUCACUGGAGAAAGUUAUGGAGGAAUUUACAUCCCAACGCUUGCAGAGAGGGUGAUGGAGGACAGCAAACUCAACCUGCAGGGCAUUGCUGUGGGGAAUGGGAUGUCAAGUUACGAGCUGAACGAUAACUCUCUGGUUUACUUUGCGUAUUACCACGGCCUGCUGGGAAGUCAACUGUGGGCAGACCUUCAGUCGUAUUGCUGCAGUGAUGGAAAGUGUAACUUCUACAACAACCCAAACCCAAACUGCUCUAACAGCCUGGGUGAAGUUCAGGACAUUGUGUAUAGUUCUGGUCUGAACAUGUACAACCUGUACGCUCCGUGUCCGGGUGGAAUUGGUCGCAGCCUCAGUGUGGAGGGAGGUCAGCUGAUCAUCAGGGACCUGGGGAACAUCUUUGCCCAGCAGAAGCGGACUCAGAUGUGGAACCAGAAGCUGCGCGGUCUGACGUCUCUUCACUUGUCCGUCCGUUUGGACCCGCCCUGCACUAACUCCACGCCCUCUAACCUGUACCUGAACAAUGCCUAUGUCAAGAGUGCCCUGCACAUCAGCCCCAAGGCUCUGGACUGGGCCAUCUGCAGUGCUGAGGUGAACCUAAACUACCGUCGUCUGUACAUGGAUGUGAAGAAGCAGUACCUCAAACUGCUUGGCGCCCUGAAGUACCGGAUCCUGGUCUAUAAUGGAGACGUGGACAUGGCCUGUAACUUCAUGGGGGAUGAGUGGUUUGUCGAGUCCCUGAACCAGCAGGUGCAGGUUCAGCGACGUCCGUGGGUCUACGAUGACGUGGACGGUCGACAGGUCGGGGGCUUCAUCAAAGAGUUUGAUAACAUCGCCUUUCUCACUGUCAAGGGCUCCGGUCACAUGGUUCCUACAGAUAAACCCAUUGCUGCCUACGCCAUGUUCUACAGAUUCAUCAAGAAGCAGCCAUACUGACCUCUGACCCCUCAGCCCCACUCUUCUGGCCCCUGUCUCUGGGUUCCCGCCCUCCGUUUGGACCACUCAGGCUACCAUACUUUUUUUUUUUCUUUUUGAAAUAGUUUCUCCUCAGUUCACUGUUGAUUGUCUCACUGCCGACCAAUCAGCUCACUUGCGCCUGCGCUGCCGGGCAGAUUUCACCGGCGUUUUAUGUUGGAUAGAGCGUAAAGACUUUGUCCAGUCAGAUCCAUGGAGGCGUCGCCAUGGGAAUGAACACUGCCGUCUUUUUUUCCGUGAAUGUGAAGCUUUGUUUGAUUUGAACAAUUUUAUUAAAUAAAGGGAAUUGUUUUAACAAA